AGGGGAGAGAGAUUGAAAGAAUCACUUGGGGGGAAAGCAGAAGGAGGAGGCAGAUGACAGAGAGAGGAAUGCAACGGGGCAGCAGUAGUGUUUCGUUUCGGACUCGUGGCCCUGCUGCAUUGGUUCUUAUAACCAUCAUCUCUCUCCUCUUCUUCAAUGUCAUCGCUGAGACCUCCAACAAUUCUCAGGUUGGAUGCAGCAAAACCUGCGUUGCAGAGAACUGCAACUCAAUUGGGAUUAGAUACGGGAAGUAUUGUGGAGUAGGGUGGAGUGGGUGUCCAGGAGAGAAACCUUGUGAUGAUCUGGAUGCUUGUUGCAAGAUUCAUGAUGAAUGUGUCGAGAAAAAAGGUCUAACUGACGUUAAAUGCCAUGAGAAGUUCAAGAAGUGCAUUAAGAAAGUACAGAAAUCUGGGAAGGUCGGUUUUUCUAGAGACUGCCCAUAUGAUACAGCUGUCCCUACAAUGGUGCAGGGUAUGGACUUAGCAAUCAUGUUUAGUCAGUUUGGCAACUCAAAGGUCGAGCUGUAAUUGGCUGCAUAACGCAAAGUCGUACAGGUAUUCUUUCCAAUCAAAUGAUAUACAGUACAAAAAUUUGAUUCACGGGAAAAGGAAUUUUGGACAGAGUUACUGAUGUUUUAGAGGUAAAAAACAAUAAUAUAAUUCUACGAUAAUAUGUUCUGUCUGGUAGUGUGUUUAGGUAGAUCUCUUUAGCAGGUUUCCUAUGAGACAAUCUCGCCCAGUGGAAGGUCCAUUUUGCUUUCUCCUGGUGCAAUAGGACAUUCAUUUGAAAGGGGAUGGCUUCAAACUGAAAUUAUUGUACUGAAUUUGUGAUCCGAUGACAGAAAACUGCGAUUCCUCGUAUGGAAGUUUCGUGUAUCUACAA